UUUUACUAAUUUUUAGAAAAUUUGGAGAAAUGGAGAAAACUGAAGGGAGUAGGAACAAGGGGUUCUUGAAGUAUGAUGCAGAGAGAAGCGUGUUUAUGUGGGAUGAUGGAGUUGAUGCAGAGGAUGUUAUGGCUAAGAGUAUGGUGCUAGACACCAUCUACAAGAAAGUUCAGUCACAAGUUUCGGGAAUUACGAAUGGGGAUACAGUGGUGCCGAGGAGUUUUCACUCGAAGCUUGAUCCAACUUGUAAAUUUAAAAUCUCUACUCCCCCAACAGGGAGUAAUCUUUAUAAAUAAGUUCUACUCUUUCUUUGGAGAGAAAUUUUAUCAGAAGAUUAUUGUGCCCAGGAAGAAGAAAGGAGGCUUAGCUGCUAGAAGAAAGAACAAGGCUGCCAAGAAGGCUAAAGAGGACUCUUAACUCAUCGCUUUAUAUCUAUAGUUGAGAAAUCAAUCUCAAAACUAUGUGCUACCGAUAAUGUGAUAUCUACUUAAAAUGCCCAGAAUAAGUUCAACAUUGAAG